AUGGCUAAUCUUUGCAGGUUUGAUGACGGUGAAGUCGUUAGAUACGGUGCCGGCGAGUCAUGGAGACCUACACCUCGUGAUCGAUCACCUAGGCGGGUUAGAAGUCCUGCUAGAGAAAGGGUUAGAAGCCCAGUCAGAGAUCGACCAAGGAGCCCGCGACCUAGAAGUCCGCGCCCCCGGAGCCCAAUCCCCGCUGGAUCCGAUAGUUAUGUACCCGGAAGAUACCCACCACGUCGUAGGUCGAGAAGUGGUGGAGGCGAUCGUUAUCGGAGGGAACGAUCAAGAGCAGAGCGAGAGAGCCCACGCCGAAGAGAGCGUAGUAGGUCUAUGCGGCGGCCAUCUCCUCGACGUAGUCUGUCACGGAGACCGUCGCCUCCACCACCACGUGGCGGCGGGGACCGGUACGAGCGCCCCAGGUCGCCAGCCCCUGUUAGAGAAUGGGAACGCGAUCGUGAGAGAGUAGUCAGAGACCGGGAAUGGGACCGCGAUCGAGUAAGAGCCCCCUAUGCCUGCAUACACAGCCUGGGACUAACUGACAGAAGACGACGAUCUAGGUCUCCAUUUGGUGUGAUACGCCGGGAUAGAAGCCCCCCCGUGAGAUCACCUGUUACUGGGCCUCGAGGUGGUUCAUACAGACCGCGUUCUCGAUCUAUGAGUAGGCGCGGUAACGACCGAUACCAGUCAUACAGACGUGUUAGCCCCCCUAGAGAAUCUGGAAUCUCAUCUGCGAUCACUUCACAGUCGGUAUCUGGAAGAUCGUCGCCUCGGCCAAGCUCUGUGAGAGCUCGUUCACCGCUUCAGUCUCGAGAACAGUCUCCUCAUCAUACUAUGCUUGGAGCAGCACCGCUUAGAGAGGCCCCAAGACCUGCCUCCUACGACACAAAUGCCCAUGCCCCGGUGCGCUCGCCACCACGAGGACCUGCAGCUUUGAGAGCACCUCCAACUGGCCCUGCAGCAAAUAGGAAUACUGCGCCUCCAGUGGCUUCACCAGCUCCUCCCCCUCCAGCUCGGAUUCAAACCCCUACCGCCCCUCCACAGCGCUCAGAUACCACAAGCCCAACCAUUCCACCAGCUGGUCCGAGAGGUUAUGUGCCCCCGGCCAGAGGUGGUUUUGCCCCGCGUGGAGGACGCGGCGGUUGGAAUCAACCACCGACGAGACAGUUCUCUGGGCCUUCUCCCACACCAUCGACACCGAAUGGACCCUCGGCCAUUCCCACAGGUCCGCGAGUCGCUCCAUCGAAUGUUCCCUUGUCCUCAACACCAACACAGUCUCGGCCAUUUAACCCUCCGACCGGACCAUCGGCCCAACAUGCCGGCGGUGCACGGCAAACUUUGGCACAAUCUAUGCUUGCGACCCUUCCUCCAAUUAUCCCAGGUGGCAAGCUGGACCCUUCGAUGACACCCAUCUCCAUGGGCGUGACUCGGGAACUUGAGCCACAUUACCGGAAAUUGAAAGAUGAGGAGGAGAAGGUUAGAGAUGAGCUGCACGUCAAACAGGAGCGACUACGAAAGAGUAUCUACACGUGGAAUAGGCUUGAACGUGACUCGCGGGCUUGGGAGAUGCGAAGUGACUUGAGCGAGAAGAGCAUGAAAAAUCUUGCAGGUGAAGGUAUGGGAGGUGCCGCAUUCUGA